CACUCCCAGUACCCUCUGAACAUGGCAGAUGCGGGAAGUUACCAAGCCGGUUUCGGUAUGUACAUUUACAUUCAUUUAAUGUUAGCAAAACAUUAUGUAGGGUGUCCCAGCUAGCUACUAUGUCAGAGGUUGCACCACAAAUUGUUUGUAAGUUUGCACGUUUUCUGACGCUAACUAACUAGCUAGGUUAUCUUGUGUACUAGCAAGCUAACCAAUGAAGUCUGCAGUUCUUCUAACGAAUAGCUAGCAAGCGACAGCAAGUUAAACAUCACACAGAGCAAGACCAACACGUAUGGUGUCAACUUCUGACACAUAAUUUAAAUAGCUAAAGUAUAGCUAACCCUUCAAUUUUAAGUUGCUAGCUAACUGACCAUAUCGGAUUUUAUUGAAGCAAUCCGGAUGUGCUGUCAAGAUGCUCAUUGGAUAGUUCUCCCUCGAACAGCCACGCUGAGCGCUCUAAUUGGUUAGAAUUCUUGGUGCAGUGUUUACAAGCACAACAGGUGUACUAACUGCACAGCUAAUUUUGGGCCGAUUAGAAUUAAGUAAUAAGACCCGAGGGGGUGUGUUAUAUGGCCAAUAUACCACGGCAAAGGGCUGUUCUUAUACAGCCCUUAGCCGUGUUAUAUUGGCCAUAUACCACAAAUCCCAGAGCUGCCUUAUUGCUAUUAUAAACUGGUUACCAACGGAAAUUAGAGCAGUAAAAAUAAAUGUUUUGUCAUACCAGUGGUAUACGGUCUGAUAUACCACGACUGUCAGCCAAUCAGCAUUCAGGGCUCGAACCACCCAGUUUAUAAUAGAAAAUAUACAGCUAUACAAUCUCAAACACUUCUUUGCUGCAAUUUACACAUAAAACAGGUAAGGCAACAGCAUUACUUGCGUGGUUGCCAGUCAGUCUCCACUGACACUUCCCAGUUCUCUUUUCUCCUACUGCUCUCCCUCAUCCUUCUCUCCUUUCCUUCUCUCCUUUCCUCCUCUCCCCAAACUCCUCUCCCUCUCCUCUGCAGGCCCCAGGAUGUGGCAGCACUGUGCCCUGCUCCUGUCCCUGUCCCUGUUACCAGUGGUGUCUGGAGGAGCUGACUCCAAGGCUGUCACCACCAGUCUCACCACCAAGUGGGCCUCUACCCCUCUGCUGCUGGAGGCCAGGUAACAUUAUGCUCAACACCUACACAAGACACCACAUCUAGAACACAUCUGUCUAUGUAGGUUUGAGUCCGUUGGAAAAUUCUGCAGACUCGCUCAACGUUCUGGAAUGCAGUCAUGCAGGUGUCAUGAUGUCUCUCUCUUUCUCUUUCCCCCUACCUCCACCCCCUCUUUCUCUUCACCCCUGCCCCCGCCCCCCCACUCCCUCUUUAUCUUCACCCCUGCCCCCGCCCCCCCACUCCCUCUUUCUCUUCACACCCACCUCCACCCCCUCUUUCUCUUCACCCCUGUCCUCGCCCCCCCACUCCCUCUUUCUCUUCACCCCCACCCCCUCUUUCUCUUCACCCCCACCUCCACCCCCUCUUUCUUUUCACCCCUGCCCCCCACUCCCUCUUUCUCUCAGUGAGUUCCUGGCAGAAGAGAGUCAGGAGAAGUUCUGGGAUUUUGUCGAAGCCAAUCAGAACAUCAAAGGGGAACAUGAUGGUAGCCUUAAUGUUUUCUUUCACUUAUAAUGUUGAUGUAUGUAGCACUUGGUCUCUGGAAUAUAUAUUAAAGUGGCGCUCUGUUACAGAUACAGACCAGGCGUACUACGACCUGAUCGUGAAGAGAGCCAGUGCUCUGCUCAGCACAGUCCAACUCAACAUGCUCAAGUUCGCCCUCUCUCUCAGGGCCCACUCUGCUACUGUACACUCCUUCCAACAAGUAAUAUUACUACAAUACUAAUAAAUGACUACUAUCGCCCUCUCUGUGUGUGUGUAUAAUCACUGUUUCUCGCCUCUCUCCUGUAGAUAGCGUCCAACGAGCCCCCUCCCUCUGGUUGCUCAGCCUUCUUCAAUGUCCACGGAGAGAAGUCAUGUGACACGGAGAAAUUGGCUGCACUGAUGGAGAACGCACCAGAACGGUACACACACUGGGACACUCAAACACACUGGGAGACACCCACACAGAAACUGGGAAUAUCCACUUUGAUUGAUAAAGACCUCUAUUGAAGUGAUAAUAAUGAAUUUCAAGUCCUUAUCUCAUCCCUGUUUGUCCCCAGGCCCAAGCCCUAUCUAUUCAAAAGCGAUCACAGGUUCCCGGGAUCAAAUCCCGACGCUCCGGUUGUUAUCCUGUAUGCCGAGAUUGGAAGUUCGGAAUUCACAAUGUUCCAUCAGCUGAUGCUGUCCAAAGCCAACAAGGGACUGGCCACAUAUGUGCUUCGUCACUACCUGGCUGUAAGAAAAACAUACGAAUACACAUGAUGGGAAAACAUAAUUGCGAUAGCAUUUCAUGUUAAUCUUUUCCUCUUUCUGUCUUUCCCAGUCUCCCAGCAGUGGUAGAGUGUAUUUGUCUGGUUAUGGAGUGGAGCUGGCCAUCAAGAACCAGGAAUACAAGGCUAAGGAUGAUACCCAGGUCCAGGGAGCGGAAAUGAAUGCUACACUGAUGGGAGAGAAUGACCCAGUGGAUGAGGUCCAGGGAUUCCUCUUUGGAAAACUGAAGUAAGUAACCUACCAACAUGAAAUGCUAUUCCACAAACCCACUCUGCUUUGGAGCGUUAUGGGUUGAGAAACGCUUUUAUAUCAUCUCCCCCCUCUCUUCUUCCAUCUCACUCUCCUCUCUGUACCUCUCCUCUCCCUCUCUCCAGGACUCUGUACCCUGAGCUGAAGGAGCAGCUGAAGGAGCUAAGGAAACACCUGGUGGAGAGCACCAAUGAGAUGGCUCCCCUCAAAGUCUGGCAGAUGCAAGGUGGGCGGGACUUAAUUUUUUCUUUGCCUCUUCUCCUGCAUAUCUCAUCAAGACAACCGUAGCUACAGUAAUCAUCAUCUCCUCCCACUGGGUUUUUUUCUCUCGCUAUAUUACAUUUUUCUCUCUUUUCAUAUGUGUCAGAUCUGAGUUUCCAGACUGCAGCUCGGAUCCUGGCUGCUCCAUCUUCAGAUGCCCUGAAUGUCAUGAGAGACCUCAGUCAGAACUUCCCUACCAAGGCUAGGUACACACACACACACACACACACAAACAAACACGUUUUCCUAUCUCUGUAUAGUGUGUGAUAAUUGGUCUCUCUCACCUCAGGUCCAUCACUAAAACAGUGGUCAGCUCUGAGAUACGUAAAGAGAUGGAAGAGAACCAGAAGGUAAGAGUUCAGUCAUUCAUAGCUCUCUUUCACUGUCUGUCUACUAUCCAUUAACAUGUACUGACUGUACCUCUCUUCUUCUCUCUCUCCAGUUCUUUAAGGGAACUCUGGGAUUGCAGCCUGGAGACUCUGCUCUCUUCAUCAACGGACUACACAUAGACCUGGACACACAGGACAUCUUCAGGUACACACACACACACACACAGGACAUCUUCAGGUUAGUAAAAAAAUGAAAUUACACUAACACUACAAGAUCAGAGACUGACUGUGUGUGUGUUUCCAGUGUGUUUGAGGUCCUCCGUAGUGAGGCCAGGGUGAUGGAAGGUCUGCGUUCUCUCCUCAUCGAGACUCCCUACAUCCACGACAUCCUCAAGCUCAACGUACAGCCUUCUGACUCGGACUACGCUGUGGACAUCCGCAACCCUGCUAUCAACGUAAGACACGCCUACCCCUUUAUCUAACCCUAACCAUCCAACUGUGUCAUGCGCAUAUAUAUAUAUAUAUAUAUACAGUUGAAGUCAGAAGUUUACAUAAACCUUAGCCAAAUACAUUUAAACUCAGUUUUUCACAAUUCCUGACAUUUAAUCCUAGUAAAAAUGCCCUGUCUUAGGUCAGUUAGGAUCACCACUUUAUUUUAAGAAUGUGAAAUGUCAGAAUAAUAGUAGAAAUAAUGAUUUAUUUCAGCUUUUAUUUCUUUCAUCACAUUCCCAGUGGGUCAGAAGUUUACAUACACUCAAUUAGUAUUUGGUAGCGUUGCCUUUAAAUUGUUUAACUUGGGUCAAACGUUUCGGGUAGCCUUCCACAAGCUUCCCACAAUAAGUUGGGUGAAUUUUGGCCCAUUCCUCCUGACAGAGCUGGUGUAACUGAGUCAGGUUUGUAGGCCUCCUUGCUCGGACACACUUUUUCAGUUCUGUCCACACAUUUUCUAUAGGAUUGAGGUCAGAGCUUUGUGAUGGCCACUCCAAUACCCUGACUUUGUUGUCCUUAAGCCAUUUUGCAACAACUUUGGAAGUAUGCUUGGAGUCAUUGUCCAUUUGGAAGACCCAUUUGCGACCAAGCUUUAACUUUCUGACUGAUGUCUUGAGAUGUUGCUUCAAUAUACCCACAUAAUUUUCCUUCCUCAUGAUGCCAUCUAUUUUGUGAAGUGCACCAGUCCCUCCUGCAGCAAAGCACCCCCACAGCAUGAUGUUGCCACCCCCGUGCUUCACGGUUGGGAUGGUGUUCUUCGGCUUGCAAGCGCCCCCUUUUUCCUCCAAACAUAACAAUGGACAUUAUGGCCAAACAGUUCUAUUUUUGUUUCAUCAGACCAGAGGACAUUUCUCCAAAAAGUACGAUCUUUGUCCCGAUGUGCAGUUGCAAACCGUAGUCUGGCUUUUUUAUGGCGGUUUUGGAGCAGUGGCUUCUUCCUUGCUGAGCGGCCUUUCAGGUUAUGUCGAUAUAGGACUCGUUGUACUGUGAAUAUAUAUACUUUUGAACCGGUUUCCUCCAGCAUCUUCACAAUAAAAGGCCACUCUAAAAUGUGCAGUUCUGUCACAACACAAUGCCACAGAUGUCUCAAGUUUUGAGGGAGUGUACAAUUGGCAUGCUGACUGCAGGAAUGUCCACCAGAGCUGUUGCCAGAGAAUUGAAUGUUCAUUUCUCUACCAUACGCCGCCUCCAACGUCGUUUUAGAGAAUUUGGCAGUACGUCCAACCUGCCUCACAACCGCAAACCAUUCCAGGACCUCCACGUCCGGCUUCUUCACCUGCGGGAUCGUCUGAGACCAGCCACCUGGACAGCUGGUGAAACUGAGGAGUAUUUCUGUCUGUAAAAAGCCCUUUUGUGGGGAAAAACUCAUUCUGAUUGGGUGGGCCUGGCUGCCAAGUGGGUGGGCCUAUGCCCACCCAUGGCUGGUCCCCUGCCCAGUCAUGUGAAAUCCAUAGAUUAGAGCCUAAUUAAUUAAUUUAAAUUGACUGAUUUUCCUUAUAUCAACUGUAACUCAGUAAAAUCGUUGGAAUUGUUGCAUGUUGCGCUAUAUAUUUGUUCAGUAUACAAUCAAGACGUAAAAAAAAAACCGUUUUUAACUCAAGUCUUGUUUUGCAUUGAUAAUUUUGAUGAUAAUCUAAUCUCUCUCUUCUCAGUGGAUUAAUAAUCUGGAGACAGACAGCAGGUACGGUUCAUGGCCCUACAAUGUCCAGGAGCUCCUCAGACCAACCUUCCCCGGAGUCAUACGACAGAUCCGCAAAAACUUCCACAACCUCGUGAGUACAUGCUAAAUGUGUCAGACAGCUACACUAAACAUACUUGCAUAAACAUGUGUGAUGAAUCUGCAGUACACAAAACAUAUUGCGUACAUUUUGGAAUUGACAGCAAAAACCAAUGGUGUGUGUGUUUUUUAGGUGGUGAUUCUGGACCCCACCCAUGAGAGUUCUGCUGAGCUGUUGAAUGUUGCUGAGAUGUUCUACAGCAAUAACAUCCCACUCAGGUAGGGGUGUGUGUCUGUCUUGCGAAGGCCGUGUUGGUUCUAAUUCUGCUGUAUAUUCUAUGUGGAUGUGUGUAACUGUGUAUAACCCUUAGUGAGGUGGAAAGAAUCGAUACAGUUAACAUAUGGGGGUAUUAUUUUUGAUGUAUCGCAUCGUUUUGACUAUUGCAAUAUAACUCCAGUAUUUUUCCUUCAUAGCUCGUUCUCAAUCUUCUUUUUAAGUAGGGAGCCAAUUUGUUUUCAGCACUUUUUAUUUUAUUUCCAUGACUUUUUAUUUUGUUUUCUCAUGGCUCUCUUGUCUCUCUGCAGUAGACAUAUGGUGAGCAAUGUUUGGAACAUCGAAUCGCAAUAAAAUCACAGUAUUGAAUCGCAAAUACAUAUAGAAUCAUGAGAAUCGCAAUACAUAUCGUAUCGGCACAUAAGUAUCGUGAUAAUAUUGUAUCAUGAGAUCCUUGGCAAUUCCCAACCCUAAUAACCCUGCUGUGUGUGUUGUAGGAUUGGGCUGGUGUUUGUGGUGUCUGAUGUUGAUGAGAUAGAUGGUAUGGAGGAUGCAGGUGUGGCUCUGCUCAGAGCAUUUAACUACAUCACAGAAGAGCUGGACGCUCCCGCCGCCUUCGACACCAUCAUCUCGGUGAGCCCAUCUGACCAAUGAGAAUAAUUGAGGAGUCUUUUGACCAAUCCCAGUAAUCUGGAACAUCAGCCUGACCAAUCAGAUGGAAAGUCUUUAAAUUAAGCAUAUCUCCUCUCUCCUUCUCUAGAUGUUUAACCGUGUGCCUAGCGGUGGUAAGCUAAGUGUAGGUGACGUAGUCAAGGUGUUGGAGAAGAAGUUUCCCUACGUGGAGGUCAGCAGCAUUCUAGGACCUGACUCCACUUAUGACGACAACAGGAAGGUAUGGUUCUGGUUUUAUGUACUGUUAUGUUUCUUGACAGAACGGUAGGAUUUUCAUUUAUUGUCUCCCUAUCUAUCUCGGCCUCCAGGAAGGGCGUGGUUACUACUUGCAGACGGGGGUAGGUCCGUUGCCAGUGGUGAUGUUCAACGGAAUGCCAUACCAGAGAGAACAGCUAGACCCUGAGGAGCUAGAAACUGUCACCAUGCACAAAAUACUGGAGACUACCAGCUUCUACCAACGGGCUGUCUACCUGGUGAGUGACACAGACACACACACACACAGACACAGACACACACACACACACACUGACCUUCUCUUGUUGUGUCUUCCUAGGGUGAGCUGGCCACUGAUCAAGAUGUGGUGGAUUUCAUGAUGACCCAACCCAACGUUGUCCCUCGUAUCAACCCCCGAAUCCUGUCUACUGCCAGGACAUACCUGGACCUAUCUAAUACCAGUGAGUUUCACACACACACAACCCACACACACACACACACACAGACAUAACCGUCUUAACCACCUCUUUCUCCUGACAGAUAACCACUUCAUAGACGAGUACGCUCGCUUUCUGCUCCUGGACACCAGAGAGAAGAGCACUGCUGUGGCUAACAGCAUGAACUACAUGACCAAGAAAGGUAAGCUACAUCCAGAGCUUUAUCUUAUUGAGCUAAACGUUAUGUGCUCCUACGUUUCGGCCCUAAAUCUCUUGUCUAUCUAUUCUCUUCUUUCUCCACUGUAUGUUUGUUUUUGUUCUGUCAGGGAAGGCCCCCAAGGACCACCAUGGUAACCCUUAUUUCUUUUUCUGCGCUUUCUGUCGCUCUCGCUCUCAACAGACAAUAUUGCGAUCCAUAGUUCUGUGAAUUCACCAUAUCUCACUCCUCAUCAAUAGAUCUAGAUGUGAACAUUAUAACACCAUCUUGCAUCUUUCUGGGAGUUACAAUGACAUGCUUGGGUGUGUUUGUGUAUGUUUCUGCCAACUGCCUUUGCUCAAGAGAGUCUUGCUCAAAGACUAAGUAUUGAGAUGGCACGGCAACAUCAAACCGCAUACAUUUCAGGAUUAAGAAAGUCUGUGACACUUUACUCCCCCAAUCUCCUCUCCUCCUCUUCAACUCCCUCUCCCUCCUCUCCUCUAGAUGAUGGCUACAUCCGUCCAGUCACAUUCUGGGUUGUGGGAGAUUUUGACCAACCUUCCGGCCGCCAGCUACUAUACGAUGCCAUCAGACACAUGGUAUGAUGAUGGCAUCGGUCUAAGCCACUCCCGAGUGGCGCAGUGGUCUAAGGCACUGCAUCGCAGUGCUAGCUGUGCCACUAGAGAUCCUGGUUCGAAUCCAGGCUCUGUCGUAGCCGGCCGCGACCGGGAGACCCAUGGGGCGGCGCACAAUUGGCCCAGCGUCGUCCAGGGUAGGGGAGGGAAUGGCCGGCAGGGAUGUAGCUCAGUUGGUAGAGCAUGGUGUUUGCAACGCCAGGGUUGUGGGUUCGAUUCCCACGGGGGGCCAGUAUGAAAAUAUAUAAAAUAAUGUAUGCACUCACUAACUGUAAGUCGCUCUGGAUAAGAGCGUCUGCUAAAUGACUAAAAUGUAAAAAUGUAAUGAUGUCACACUGAUUUCACUAUAACACAACCCAAAAAUCCACCAUCUGACGGAUUCCCCUCAAUCUGCCUUCAACAGAAAACGAGUAACAACGUGCGAUUGGGCCUGAUCAACAACCCCAGCGACAGCCCAUCCGAGGAGAACAGUCGUGUUGCCAGGGCGAUAUGGGCGGCCAUACAGACCCAGACAGCUAACAACGCUAAAAACUACAUCACCAAGCUAGCUAAAGAAGAGACCGCUAAGGCACUGGAGACUGGGGCUGACGUCACACAGUUCACUGUCGGGGUAAGGAGUUUACACACACUCACACACACACACGUUAUACACCAUUCUCUCUCUGUCUCACCCUUUACUAUACUGGCCUCUAAAAACAAUCAUAUUUUUCAUUCAAUUUCCAUCUCUCCAGGGUAUGGACGUAGCCUUGUUUAAGAGUGCGUUUGAAGGUCCUAAGUUUGACUUCCUGCUGUCUCACGCUGUCUACUGCCGAGACGUUCUCAAGCUGGGGAAAGGACAGAGAGCAGUCAUCAGCAACGGACGGGUGAGUGGGCAACACACACACACACACGCGCUUCCUAUUGUGAUUGAAGUGUCACAAUAGUAUUUCUCUCUCUCUGCCGACAGAUCAUUGGUCCGCUAGAGGAUGGGGAGGUCUUUAACCAAGAUGACUUCCUCCUAUUGGAGAGUAUCAUUUCGAAGACCUCGGGAGAGCGAAUCAAAAGCAAGGUCCAGCAGUUUGGGGUUGAGGAGGACAGGGCCAGUGACCUGGUGAUGAAGAUUGACUCUCUGCUCUCCUCUCAGCCCAAAGGAGAGGCCAGAAUAGAACAUGCCUUUGCUGAUGACCGAUACAGGUACUGAAACUAAUACAACUUUUUCUUCAUGUUUUUCUUCAUUGCCUAUAUACUUUCUGUUUACCUCUGUCCGGUCUAUGAUUGGUCCACAGUGCUGUAAAGAUCCGGCCCACAGAGGGAGACGUCUACUUUGACAUGGUUGCCGUGGUAGACCCCGUAACCAGGGACGCCCAGAAACUAGCUCCGCUCCUAUUGGUUCGUACUGCUUCAAAUAACUGUCACUUAGGAGUUCUGUCUCACUCCAAAUACUGUCUCACGCCCAUCUGUCUUUCCAUGUUUCUCUCCCCACCAGGUGUUGAAGAAGCUGGUCAAUGUGAACCUGCGCGUGUUUAUGAACUGUCAGUCCAAACUCUCAGACCUGCCUCUCAAAAGGUGAGUAGACCCAAGCUACACUGUUUCACUCCAUGCAGGUCAUCCUAUUUGACCCGCUGUCUGAACAGAGAGAUGCUGAGAGACCUCGUUUCUGUUGCGUCUUAGUGUCCUUACCCUUAGAAGUCCCUGGUAGUGUCUGUGGGUUUUGCCUGUGCCUCUCUAAACCCUCCUCCUCUCCCAGUUUCUACCGGUAUGUGUUGGAGCCUGAGGUGGUGUUCCAGACGGAUGGUAGUUUCUCCCCUGGUCCCCUGGCUAAGUUCCUGGACAUGCCCCAAACGCCCCUCUUCACACUCAACCUCAACACCCCUGAGAGCUGGAUGGUGGAGUCUAUACGCACUAGAUAUGACCUGGACAAUAUCUACCUGGAAGAGGUAUGUUUUCGUGAUGCUUUUUUUUUUUUGGGGUUGUGUUAUAGUUAUUACAAGGUUGCCUUGGCGAAUGUUGUCCUUUACCACUUCUGUUGGAGAAUGUAGUGACCGUGGACUAAGAGUAUUUUGGUAUUUGUCUAAUUGUUGUGUUAACCAUUAUUAAACCUUUAAAAUGACUUGAUCUAUUCUCCCUGUCUAGGUGGAUAGUAUAGUAGCAGCAGAAUAUGAGUUGGAACAUCUGCUGGUGGAGGGUCACUGUUUUGACGUGAGUACAGGUCAGCCCCCCAGAGGACUCCAGUUCACCCUGGGAACCUCCUCCGACCCUGUCAUCGUCGACACCAUCGUCAUGGCCAACCUGGUGAGUCACCUCUGACCUCUAACCCUAAUCUCUGACUCCGUCGUCAUGGCCAACCCUGACCUCUAACCCUAACCUCUGUUGAUAGCCGAAGACACCUUUCUAUUCUACUGUGAAUGGACAAUAAAGUUGUUGUAGUUGAACAAGGGCGUUGUGUUGUCGUCCUCAGGGUUAUUUCCAGUUGAAGGCUAACCCAGGAGCCUGGAUACUGAAGCUGAGGAAAGGACGGUCUGACGAAAUCUACAAGAUCUACAGGUACUGAAGAUAACAUCCCAGCAUAUCACACGGUCUUCAAUUUAGCACGACUAGUGGAACCAGGUGUGUUGGUGCUGGGCUGGAACAAAAGCCUGCACAAUGCACACCCUCUUGCUCCUCUCUCUGACCUCACAUCCUAUCUUCCAGUCAUGAGGGAACAGACUCUCCAGCAGACGCUGAUGACCUCAUCGUGGUGCUGAACAACUUCAAGAGCCGGAUCAUCAAAGUCAAGGUACUGCUCUGAUCCCAGCUGUAGAGUACAGCUUUCAUAUUGGUGGUUGCUGUCAGGUCCCAGUGAAGCUUAGCGCUUAGGUUGAAUUAGAUUUGUUCAAUAAGUCCAUGGCUAAAUAAUGUAUUGAUCGUGUGUUGUUGUUGAUCAGGUCCAGAAGAGGCCAGAGAAGUUGAGUGAGGAGCUGUUGAGUGAUGGAACUCAGGAGAACGACUCAGGCUUCUGGGAGUCACUCACCAGGUAUCUCUCUCGAAUCAUCCAGCUCCACCCUUUACAUCACUGUCUACUGUUUCAUACCUAUUUGAUAUUUUAUCUCUGCUGGAUUUUAUGGUGUUUAUUCUCUCUCUGUCUCUCUGUCUCUCUCUCUCUCUCUUUGUCGCUUUCUCUUUUGUCUCUUUCUCUCUCUCGCUCUCUCUCUCUCUCUCUCUUUGUCGCUUUCUCUUUUGUCUCUUUCUCUCUCUCUCUCUGUCUCUCUCUCUCUCUCUCUCUCUCUGUCUCUCUCUCUCUCUCUCUCUCUCUUUGUCUCUUUCUCUCUCCCCCCCCCAGAGGGUUUACAGGAGGUGUGAAGCCGGAGGAGAGUAAACAGGAGAAGGAUGACGUCAUCAACAUCUUCUCUGUGGCCUCUGGACACCUCUACGAACGUUUCCUCAGGUACGCACCUCUGUGUGUGUGUGUCUGUGUGUUUCCAGAUGUUUGUCUGUUUUUAAUCCCACUAUUUGUUCUCUCUCUUAGGAUCAUGAUGUUGUCUGUUCUGAAGAACACUAAAACACCAGUCAAGUUCUGGUUCCUCAAAAACUACCUGUCCCCAGCAUUUAAGGUAUUUAUUAAGUAUAAAAUAUGAAUAUUAUGUGUUAUUCUCUCCUCUAGGAGUUUACCUUGAAUGUGGCAGUAUGAAUAGGGUUUUCAAUAUUGAGUUUAGUCCAGAAUAAAUGUUAUGUUAACGUGUGUGUUCUCUCCUACAGGAGUUUAUCCCGUACAUGGCAGAGCAGUAUGGUUUCCAGUAUGAACUAGUCCAGUACAAAUGGCCGCGGUGGUUACACCAGCAGACUGAGAAACAGAGGAUCAUCUGGGGUUACAAGAUCCUGUUUCUGGAUGUACUGUUCCCUCUGUCUGUCGACAAGUUCUUAUUCGUGGAUGCAGAUCAGGUACACACACACACACACACUCUCUGAAUCUCCAUGUCUCUGAUUUGCGUAGACCUGAGAAGUACACUCUUUCCUCUCUCCUCCUACAGAUAGUGCGUACAGACCUGAAGGAGCUCCGUGACUUUGACCUUGAAGGAGCACCGUAUGGCUACACACCGUUCUGUGAGAGCCGGAGAGAGAUGGACGGAUUCCGCUUCUGGAAGUCUGGCUACUGGGCGAGUCACCUCGCUGGACGCAAAUACCACAUCAGGUAACUGUGCGUGUGUGUGUGUGUGUAUGGGGGGGGUUAGUAGAGGGAUAUGUGUGUGUAACCAUCUGUCUCUCCAGUGCUCUGUAUGUCGUAGAUCUGAAGAAGUUCCGUAAGAUAGCAGCAGGAGACAGACUGAGAGGACAAUACCAAGGCCUGAGUCAAGACCCCAACAGCCUGUCCAACCUCGACCAGGUGUGUGUGUGUGCGCGCACAUGCUUCUGUGUGUAUUAAAAGUGAAUAUGUGGGUACAACAUUCUAUGAUUUGAGAUUCCCAAACAAGGUUUGUGAAGUUGAAUACGCUUCACCCCUGAUAUGUGAACUGAUGUUUUUAUAUUUCUAAUAUUUUCCUAUACUCUCUCUCUCGCUCUCUCUCCCCAGGAUCUGCCUAAUAAUAUGAUCCACCAGGUUCCUAUCAAGUCUCUGCCUCAGGAGUGGCUCUGGUGUGAGACUUGGUGUGACGACAACUCUAAGAAGAAGGCCAAGACUAUAGAUCUGGUACGAAGUGUGUGUGUGUGUGUGUGUGUGUGCAGAUUCUAGUCAUGUCUGUGUUUUUACACUCCCCUCUGUAUUUAUUUGGACAGUGAAGCUAAAAUGUUUAACCCUUCCUCCAGUGUAACAACCCCCAGACCAAAGAACCCAAGUUGCAGGCAGCUGUUCGUAUCGUAGCAGAGUGGAGCGACUACGACCAGGAGAUCAAACGCCUGCAGAACAGAGUCCAGGAGAGAGGAGCAGAGAACUAUACCACACAGAAGGACAAGCCAGGUACACACAUACAUACAUAUACACACACACACAUAUAUACAUACACACACACUGAUUGGCAAACAAAUACAGUUGACUAAUUCCUCUCCUUCCUCCCCUCUCUCUCUCUCUACCAGAUGAUACACAUAUAGAGUUGUGAGAGACCAGUGGAUGGAAGAUGUGGCUGUAGCAGUAACAAAAGAUGGAACCAUGUUUAUAGACACUGCUGUUCUCCUUUGGAACAGCAUUGACAGACAGACUGCAAACCAAUGCCCAUUCAAUCAUUCAUUUUCCAUUUAUUUGUAUUUUCUCUGUUUUGAGAGUGGCAAGGAUACAGGAUAGGGAAGGGGUGCUGGGUGGGGAUGGUAGGGGUGACUGUUAGUGGAUGGUAGGGGUGACUGUUAGUGGAUGGUAGGGGUGACUGUUAGUGUGUGGAUAUGUGUGUGAAGACAUUAAUCAUUACGAAAUAUCUGACAUUUCCAACAGUUUCCCCCCUCCCCUCCAAUAUUUUUGAUCCAUCCAUGUUUGCACUGAUUAGGACACCUGCUUAAACAACUGUCUGUCUGUGGGUAGAGGUUUGGGCUUAGGAGUUAAAUCACAAUGAUAAAUAGCAGCUUAAGUUAUGAGAUUAGUUUUGGCCUUCUGUUUCUGUGCUUUAGACUUCAGUUGUCCAUGGCCUGUGUCAAACUCAGGGAAAGAUGGUUUUGGCCAAUCGAUCUGAUUCAAAAACUCCUAAUGACAAUACAAAGAGGACUGAGGCGACAAUUUAUUUAAUGUAAAACAGACAUUAGUUCUGUCAUGUAAUAAAAUAGGGAUUAAUAUCUCUACAAAACAUUUUUUGUCUGCAACAUUCAGAACGUUGCAUCCUUCUGUACGUGAUGCCGGCUGAUGUGGAGUGUAAAGGGAUAUGUGUGGGUGAGGACUAGUGGGGACAUAUCAGCGACAGACAGGUCACAGGUACUGGGAGUUCCAUGAUCACUCAAAUUGCUUUUAACAGGGAAUUGAAAGUCAGCGGGCAUAAGACUAGAAUGCUGUAGUUGAGGGUGGCCAAUCUUAUCCACAAAAGGUCUAUGUGGGGUCUUGUUCUAGCAACACACCCAUUUCAUCUAGUCAGUCUUUAAUGAAGAUGAUGAUUAGUGGUCUAGUUGAAUCAGACUGUUUGACUGGAACAAAAGCCUGGGUCAGAUUGGCCACCCCUGCUGUAGUUAACUCCUGUUUCUCUGCUGUGGUCUGUUCUGGAGUAAACACUGUUAGUCAUCCAUUGCAAACCUCUGGCUGUUUCCGAUCUCUUUGUUUUGGCUAAAUAUGUACUGUUAAUUGUGGGAAAUCAAUAUUUUGUAAUAAAAAUCAAGGAACCCAACACUGGUCGUUUAGUGACCCCGAUCCCUCUUCUGCA